GAAAUAUUACGCCAUUUGCAUGUGCAGACGUAAGAGACACCAAAAUAAACGGAGAUUUCAACUGGACUUUGUUCUUGGAAAUGGUGUAAGAUAAAUUUGCAACUUGAAGACAAUGUACGAGGGCAGUAACAAACCUAUCAUACUGUUUGCAACCCCACCACCUCUGGACCAGCUGUGUGCUCUCACCAUUCGUCUUUCAGCCUCAGCACAGUCUGUUGCAAGAUUUCAACCACAAGUCAUCAAAUGCAGAGAAUUUAUUUUCACUGAACCAGAGGUUAUUGGUACGCCAAGUGCUGACAUAAAUGAUCACUGCUUUCACCUUGUGGCUAAGGUAUCUUUCAUGAAUGCUGGAAAACUACAAGCUCGCAUGUCUAGAAUUGGAUUACAGACAACAAGGCCAUACCCAGUUACAACAGAACUGUAUGAGUCUUGUCUCAGGUACACCCUUCUUGCAAGACUUUCACCAAACUGGAAUAAAGCAGGUCCAUGGCUUGUUCAAGGGAGAGAUUUCCUGACUCACAAAGGAUGUGCUAAUGCUGUCAAAAUGAAUGUCAGGGUGAGCCAUAAUGAACUUUUCUUCACGCUGGAAGCUGCUGUAUUAAAAUUAGUACCUUUACAGGUUACAGAUUUAGAUAUUAUGGGGAAACAUCUUGAAAUGUUUCUUACCAGUCCUACAGCCCAGCUAGAUCAUGACAGCAUAGCCUCUGAUUGGUGUUUUAUUCUUCCUAGCAUGAAGCGGGGCCGUAUAUUCAGCAUCAGUCAUGAGAUACCAGAGGACAGUCCAUUCAAGACAUACAGGGAUCUCAAAAGACACUGGAAAAAUACAUAUGGGUACAGACUGCCAGAGAGUGAAGAGGACAUGAAUUUCUACCAGAUAAGAUUUGGACCUCUUGGUGGGAAAUUAUUCACGUAUCCUGAAGUUUGUUUAAGAGGAAGAGAUUUACAGAAAAUGGCCAGAGUGGAUCCAAAGCCCAUACUGAGAUCAUUUAUGCUGGAGAUACAGAGUAAAUUUCCAACUGUAUGUGGAUGUCCUAUCAAGCUGCAGUCUAAAGCUAAAUUUCCUAGCACAGAUUUACUUGCCAGUGGCCAGGAAACAGUCCAGAAACAACCAAACUUAACAAAUAAAAUGAAUUCUUCAAGACCAGCUGUGUAUCGAUCAAAAGCAGAGAUGGAGAAAAUGCUUACAUCAACUUGCGUAGCACCUACUCCUCUCCAAACAAGCUAUAUUCAAAGUACCGGGACUAGUGGCACAAUACCGCAAGUGAAGUCAAAAUCUCAGGAUUUCAUAGGAAUGUUAAAUGAUGGAACAAAUAACAGUAUUCAGUUAAAUGGGCAUGAACAGAGAAAAUGUCUUGAGCCAUUUAAUCACAAAGAUAACAGUAUAGCAAGAAGUAAUCAGAAUACCACUUCUGGAAGUAUCAGACCCAUUACAAACAAACAACCAUUGACUUUUGUCAGUAGUCAGCAAGUUAAACAUGUUGAGUUGACUGAAACCACACCAGAGUUAGUGAAUGUGCACGGUAGUGGCAGAAAUAAAGCUCCUAACACAGGAACUGAUAAUUCCAGUGUGGGAAGAAGUAGUGUUACAACUGCGAAUAAAUGCACUCCAUCUCACUCUAGUCUGAUGAAUGAUCAGGAGACUGUUUCACACAGACUUUUUCCGCAGUUCAAACCUAAAAAUUUGUGUCCAGUUUUGGACUUGGCCAAACUAUCAUCUGCACAGAAAAUUGUCCCAGUAUUUUAUCCACAGAAGAAGGUUUCCUCCAUUGUGACUGGUUCUCAAGUAAAAGCUAAAUCUACAGUCAACAAGCCAUUCAUUUCACAUGUGCCCAGUCAAAUUUCUAACCUAGGCAUUGGUCAGCAAACAUCUAUACAAGUUCAAAGACAUGUAGCAAGUUUUCAGAGAUCUACUGUAACACCAUCUAGCCACAAGCAGAUUCCAACUUUCAACAAAGCAAAUGCUAAUAAAACCAUGCCAAGUUUUCAGAAAUCAGGAACACCGAGUAUACCAUCUGUACCUCCAAAGAAAGGAAAUGCCAAGAUAGGGAAGGUUGGGAAAGAACAAAAGGAUAAAAAAGCAACAAAAAGACCAAAAGCAGUAAAGAAAGAGACCCAAAGUGAAAUAAAGAAAGCUAAGAAGCUGAAGAAAGCUGAAGCCUGA